GUUUACAACAUUGCAAUAUUGUUGACAUAUUCAGUAAUCUAAGGAAAAUUUACCUUUAUAUUUAAAAAAAAACUCACAGAAAGACCCUUUAUUUUUAAAACAAUAAUAAUCAAAUGUUAGGCCGUAAUGUAUUUUCCAAUAGGAUGGCCAAAAGUGUGCAAGAAUUUGGAAGCAGAUGGAGAGGCAAUCAAACAAAUAGUGUCAAAUAGAGACAAAAUACUUUUUGUGUCUUUAACUGAUGAUUCAAUUAUUAUUUGGUUUUGCAAGCCUACUGUACCAAUAGUUUAUCAUAAGCGUAAUGCUGAUUCCAUUCAGCGACUGGGUAUCAAUGUUGGUGUUGAAUGGAAACCUGAUUCUUCCAUGAUUUGUAUAUCGACACAAGAAGGUCAUUUAAUCAUCUACAAUGUGGAACCGCAGAGUGAACAGACAGCGUACAAUCAAUUUGACCCACCUACAGCUAGCCUACGCAGGGAUUCAGCUGAGCUGUUUGUUAAAGAGAUGAUACCAUCACUUAAAAUAACAUUGUAUAAAGAAGUCCUAGUAUGGGAUGGACAAAUAACUCGUAUGUGUUGUAUAUCCGGUACAGAGAUUUUAGUGUGUACCACUCGCGCUCAUCUGCUCAGGUACAGAUGGGAUGGCACACAGAAUAGAGACUACUGCUUAGAUCUAGGACGGAUACCAUUCUCUAUAAAUCAACAAGUUUCCAAAGCUGAACCUAUCCUUGAAGAUAACACACAUGUAAAUGACAUUGAAUAUUCCCCAUUAGUCUGUGGCUUUGGCAUCACUCUGAACGAUGGCCGGGCGGCAUACCUUACAGCACCUAACCUCAAAUUUGAUCCAAAUGCAGUACAAGGAAUUUGGGCUCCGGGUAUAGAUGAUGCAACAUGUGCAAGAGUUAAUCAUAAGUUCAGACUUAUUGCUAUUGGCAGAAGAAAUUCACAAGUGGACGUGUUUACGAUAGACGAAGUGACUGGUGGUUUGGAGUUGUCGCAUACUAUGGUUCUCAGCUCAAAAGAUUUUCCUGGCGAUCCUGGACCUGUGAAGUGUAUUAGAUGGACGGCGGACGGUCGUGCGGUUGCUGUGAGUUGGGAGCGCGGUGGUAUAUCAGUGUGGAGCACAUUCGGUGCUCUGCUCAUGUGCUCGCUGGCCUGGGACUACGGUCUCAGUCAGGAUCUCAGCAAACACAACCCACUUGUCGUAUCCAGUAUGGAAUGGGCUACAGAAGGCUAUCAGCUGUGGAUGGUGAAAGUUGAAAGUGAUACAAGUUCGAAUUUAAUACAAAUGGAUUUUGUUAAAAGUCCCCUCAGUGUAAAUCCAUGUAUGAGUAAUCAAAGGCAUUUAUAUUUACAAGCAGAUGACAAACUUUAUGUCAACUUAGAAGAUAAUCUAACAAGGAAGACGAAAAUAACAAUGAUUGAUUCAUCCGAUUACCAAGAGAAUGGUCUACCGGACCAGCAUACGCUGGAGUAUGAUAAGAAAGCCAAGUACAAAGACUUUGUGGAUGACAACGAGUGCAGGAAACAAUGGAUAGUGUUGCCGUUACCAGCUACAUAUAUAGCUACCAAUUGGCCGCUUAGGUACAGUGCUAUAGACGAUGCGGGUGUGAACGUGUGCGUUGCGGGGCGUGCCGGCCUGGCGCACUACAGCUGUGCCUCACGUCGCUGGAAACUGUUUGGUAACGAGGCGCAGGAGAAAGACUUUGUCGUCACUGGUGGCAUGCUCUGGUGGAGGGACUACAUCGUUAUAGGUUGCUACAGUAUCUUGGAUGGGCACGACGAGAUCCGUUUCUACCCGCGCGACGCGAAGCUGGACAACAGGUUCGCUAAGAUGGUGCGUGCGCAGGCGCAGGUGUACGCACUCGACGCGCUCGACGACCAGCUCGUCGUCUUCUCUGCGGACGCGCUCGUCACUAUAUACGAACUCAGUGUUGAGAAGAAUGGUGGUGUCGAGAUGCGUUGUGUGCAAGCUGUAGAUAUAUCUGCGCUGUCGCACCCCGCGUGUGUAGUGUCUGCGGCGCUGUGUCGUCUGCAGGAGCAGCCGGGCCCGCCACACCUCGCACACCUCGCCCGUCCUCACCAACCCACGCAUCCGCAAGCCACGCCCCUAGCACCGCACUCGCUGGUAAUAAAUGCAAGUGGGAAAUUGAUGAUGGUGCAGAGAGAGGAAUACGACGUCGACGAAGACAACAAUCCGGCGUACAGCUGCCUGCCGGCGACAGUGCUGGCGUCUUGCGUGGAAAGCGUAUGGUCGUGCGGUGGCGCGCGCCAGCAGACACAAUUGUCGCGUGCGCUUUGGCUUUGGUGCGGCGCGCUCGGCGCCCGAGUCUGGCUGCCGCUGCUGCCGCGCGACGCCACCCGUCGCCCCGACUCCUCUCGCCAUACCUUUAUGGCCAAACGCAUCAUGCUCCCUUUCCAUCUUAAUAUAUACCCUCUUACAAUUCUCUUCGAUGACGCCAUACUGCUUGGAGCAGAAAAUGACACAACCCUUUAUGCAUCAGACUCCAACUCCGUGUUCUCUUUGCCAUUCUGUGUCGUCAAUAGAACGAGUCAGGUGUACCUGCAUCAAAUCUUACGUCAACUGCUGCGUCGUAACCUGGGCUACCACGCGUGGGAGAUAGCCCGCUCAUGUGCGCAGCUGCCAUACUUCCCGCACUCGCUGGAGCUGCUGCUGCACGAGGUGCUGGAGGAGGAGGCCACCAGCAAGGAGCCCAUACCCGACGCACAGUUGCCCAGCGUCAUUGAAUUUGUUCACGAGUUUCCAGUCUAUCUACAGACAGUGGUACAGUGCGCUAGAAAAACAGAAAUAGCUCUGUGGGCGUAUCUGUUCUCUGCGGCCGGCAAGCCCAAGGAGCUGUUCCAAGAGUGUCUGCAGAGGAAGAUGCUGGACACCGCCGCAUCAUACCUCAUCAUACUGCAGAACCUGGAGAGUUCUGCUGUGAGCCGGCAGUUAGCCACGCAACUGUUGGAUACAGCGCUGCAGCAUGAGCGCUGGGAUCUCGCCAGGGACCUUGUACGCUUCCUCAGAGCCAUAGAUCCAAACGACGUGGACUCACCGCGCAAUUCUGUGAACGUGCAGGCCAAGUACGGUCAGAUAGUGCAGCCGCAGACCGUGCCUAACGCGGAGGAUCUCUCUGUUAUACUCGGCACAAUGCAGCUGGCUGGCGGUAGAGGGCGCAGCUUCAGUACGACGGCAGCGCCGCGGGAACCUUCUCCGCCUGCAGCCGCGCCCGCACCCCAGCCCGCGCGCCGCACCGCCGCCGUCAAGCGCAAGAAAUCCGUCCCUGCGCGUGCUGACAGGGAAUCCUACAGCGGCACUGCAGAGGAGUUCUUCAUCGAUAUGAUGAUUCAGCGUCACGCUCGGUUGCUGCUGUCUACAGCGCGGCUGGUGGCGCUGGGUCGGCUGGCGGCCGCCCUCGACUUGCACCUCGUGGCUUGGCUGGCGGGAGAGCGAGAGCGCGCCGCCCGCGUCGACAGCGCCGUGCUCUGCCUCAAGCGCCUGCAUGAUGACUUCAACUGGCCAUACCCCGUGCUGCAGCAGGGCGAUGAGCACUAUAUCCAGCGCAAGGCCAGCGUAGUACCAAGUCCAAGCACGCCUUCAGCAGAGACGGACAGCCUGUGCGGCGACAGCGGCUAUAUGAGUCUGUCGUUACGCGCCGCAUUGCCAAUCGCACUCGGAGCGCCCAUUUCACCCGGACCCGUCAGUUCAGCGGGUGAGUGCAGCGUGGCGGAGGGCGGGGCGGUGGCAUGGGGCGGGGCGAGUGAAGGUGGGGGCGGGGAGGAGCGGCGCUAUGCGGCACUUAUGGAGCGCCUGCACGUGCAUCAAGCAGAACGCGGCGAUCACACAGCGCAUGUGCGGUUACGAUACUUCUUACAACUAAUGACGGAGGCGUCGUGCGUGGAAUGGGCACUGGUUGUAGCGGUAGCGCUGAAGGACGCGCUCGCCGUGCUACGCACUGCCAACGCUGCGCGUGCGCAUGACGUUAGCGCCGCUGCUGUGCGCCGUCUACGCACUGCCAUUAUAGACCUCUGCGCGUGGAGCGACGCAGAGUGUCUUGGCUACAAACCGUUCAUGAUGGCGAUUAAUAACCAAGUGCCGUUUCUGACGUCUAUCAUCAAUGCGCGUGAACGAAGAGUUUCAAUGGUCAAGAACCGUGUGCGUACACCUAGUACAGGCUCCUUAAACUUGGAACUGAAAUCUCAGCAAACGCCUCAAGAAGCCAUACUGCCACCGCCGCAGAAGGCGCAGGAGGUGUCGAAGCAAUCCGUCCGCAAGGAGUCCCCCAAAGUGGCCGCCGACAGUAACCCUACUCCGGCCGCCGUGCCACCUCCCCCAGCUCCCCCCGCACCCUCCAACUGCCGGCUCAUGUAGUUCACCACACCCCCCACUCAACACAUAUCCAACAGCUCAAUAUACUCGCCAAAUGUUUUUAACAUUAUACUUUUGGACUUUACUAACCAAAAAUUUAACAAACACAUUUGUAAUCUGGCAGAAAAUAUAUCUGAUGUUUUUAUUUUUUCAUCUGUCAUCUGUCAAAAGUUUGACAGUGACAGAACUGUUGAUGCUUUGGGUAUAGAAAAUGUAAAUCUACUAAUUUAAACUAAUAAUGGAAUUUGUGAUUAAUGUAAUUGUAUAUCGUAUAAAUAGUAGAAUUUUAAAUUAAAACUAUACAAAAUAAUUAAUAAUAAUGUGAAAUGUUUUUAAUAUAUUUGUGAAUUUAUUAUUCAACUUCUUAGUUGAAUUUGAUUUUUUCACUAACAAUGGGUAUAUCGUUACAACUUUCUUGGGUCUUUUUGUAUGUCUGUAUACUUAGUCUCGACUUUUAAACUAAUUGAAUUAAUAUUUUCAUGGUGCGCUAAAGUCUCAAUUUUCCGGGUGUUUCUCGUUGGGCCGUUCGUCCGGUUGAAUCCAUAGAAUCAAUCGGCCCAAUGGGAAACAACCAAUUUAUCACCGUUGCUCACAAAAACUAUACAGCAUUAACUAUUCUCUAGUCUUUACUACUUAGUGUUUGUUUUCUUAUAGAAUCUGUGCAGUCUUAUUUAUAUUUAAUUUAAUCAAUUAGGUUUUAACAAUAUGUUCUACUUAUCAUCGGU